CAUGCUACGUCACCAGGGGGUGUGGCGAAGCCGCACGGAGGCGUGGCUGGCACGGCAGGUGUAUCGGUGGGCGGGGCUCGGCCGGUAAAGUGGCUGUUCCAGUCUCACCUCUGUCGCUGCCACCUGUGCCUUCCCUUUCCGCCGGAACAGAGAUGAUUCGGUUCCUCCUGCUGUUCAGCCGACAAGGGAAGCUGCGACUGCAGAAGUGGUAUGUGACAUUGCCUGAGAAGGAAAAGCGCAAGAUAAGUCGGGAGCUGAUGCAUCUCAUUCUCGCUCGGAAUCCUAAGACCAGCAGCUUUUUGGAUUGGAGGGACCUAAAACUUGUAUAUAAAAGGUACGCCAGCCUGUACUUCUGCUGUGCCAUUGAUGAUCAGGAUAAUGAGCUGCUUACUCUGGAGAUCGUCCACCGACUUGUGGAACUACUGGAUAAAUACUUUGGAAAUGUCUGCGAGCUGGACAUAAUUUUUAACUUUGAGAAAGCCUAUUUCAUCUUGGAUGAGUUUCUGAUGGGCGGUGAAAUUCAAGAGACUUCUAAAGAGUCUGUGGUGAAGGCCAUCGAGGAUGCUGACAUGCUGCAAGAGACAAUGGAAGAAUACAUGAACAAACCAACCUUUUAAGCGGCAAACUGAUCCAUUUACCGUAAGAGGAGCAGAUUCUUCAUGAAGGAUUUGUUUGGGCAGUAGAGGUUCCAAGCACCCUUUGUGCUCUGACGGAUGUGAUGGCACUGCUGGGCGGGCCACCACACUAGCUGCAACAGGGCAGCAUCAAAUCAUAUGGGACCUGAUUACCAAGACUACCUUGUUCAACCCUAUGCAGCUGUAUGGGCCUAAAUGUGCCCAUCAAAGGGAAUACACUUAUGCAAAGAAUAUCUUUUAAAAAUUAGAAAUAAAAUAUUUUUUUAUAUUUA